AGAUUAUUAAACCUCUUUUUUUUCCUCAAAAAAUUUCCCACUCAUCUGCUUAGCCAAAAGAAAAAAAAUUUCCCGCUCGUCCUUACGGUGGUGAACAGCGUCACACAAUUUCGCAAAGGCAGCAGCCACACGUUCAUAUAAAUUCCCAACCAGAGGCGAGACGUACUACUUAUGACCUAUGACUGUUCAAUUCUGCUGAGCAGAUUAAGAAUAUAUAGAAGGAUGACGAUCUUGAAGAGGUACAUUCUACGAUUGUUCAUAUCGUUGAAGUACAUUACCGCAAAUGUUGUGGACAGAAAUAAUGGGCGUAUAGUUGCAACAGCAUCUACAGUUGAACAUUCUAUUAAAAACUCACUUGAAUGUGGUCGGUCUUGCAAUGCCAAAGCGGCAACAGUUGUUGGAGAGGUCUUGGCUAUGCGACUCAAAGUGGAGGGCCUUGAACAGGGACAAGGAAGAGGAAUUCAUGUCAAUGUAAACAAAGAAGUUGAGAAAAAGGGUUUCAAGAACCGCACCAAAAUAUGGGCGAUUGUCAAUGCCCUUAAGAACAAUGGAGUCAAAGUCGUUCUUGAAGAUAAUGAUGAUGAUACUUCGAGGCCAAGUUUCUGAUAAGUUUUUGCUCUUACCUUUUUCUUUUUAGUUCUCUCUAAAUGUUUAGAUAUGCAUGUAGAAGGUAGCUUUAUACAUGUUAUACUAGUGAAACAGAAUUGCUAUUUUAAGAAAAAAAUUGAAUAAGAAUGGUUUUAGAUCUUUUCUUUCU